UUUUAUUGUUAAAAAUAAAAAAUUUAAAAAUAGACUAAUGCAUGGUAUCUAAUGGGCUAACCGCUAACCAUAAAAUAAAAGAGUUGAAUGGGCCUGACCUACAUGGGAUUUGGUCAUCAAGUAAAACAAAUGAACAUCAUGGGUUUGCCAUUCUAAAACAAGCUAUUUUCUCUGGCAUAAUAUAUAUUAUGCUAUUAUUUUAUAUCUUAGUGGCUAAAAUAUAAUGUAUUUUAAAGUUAUUCAAUGGUUCAACCUCGACCAACCCAAUUAGUCCAAUUUUUAUCAUUUCAAAUAUAUAUUUUAUAAUUAUUUGACAUCAUAAUGAUCAAAUUAUAGUGUAUUUUAUAGGGAAUCGUUUGGUAUUUGUUAGUAAAAAACUAAACAUAAAAAUCUAUUUGGUUAUUUUAAACAUUAAAAUGAUCCUCAACAUUUUCAGUUCCUUUUGAAUUUAUAAGGUUUUAUUCCCGAAUAAGUGAUGUGCAAAUGGCGAAUUGUAGUCGUCUUUUUUCUUUCACUAUUUUUUUAUUUUCAAAUAGAAAGUUUAAAAAUAAAGAAUAAUUAGAAUUUGGCAUGGGUCGGUCAAACAGGUUGAAUUUCAAGUUUUGGCCCAUUUGUUUUAUGCAUUGCAAAUUUAUUAGCAUGUUGAUGGAAAUGGCUUGGAAAAAAGACAUAUAAGUUGUAUCUUUGCAGAAAUGUCCUCAAAUGUUUGAAUGCUUUGUGAAUCAGGUUCUGUGACUUUUGUGAUGGUGUAUGUGCUUGACGAUUGCUCGAUGUUGUAACUACUUAAUUUAAGAGUAAAUCUUUUGACUUUCCCUAUGAGUUGUGAUACCAGUUCUGGUGGUUGCAGCAUGUUGUCGUUGUUGGCCUGUAAAAGUUGUUCCGCCGUGAUGCUAAAUACCUUUCUUUCCUUUUUAACAAAUUGUGUAGUAGUGCUAUGAAACAGACCACCCAUGAACGCUACGCUUAUUAUGUUCUGUUCUUACUUCCGGUGGUGAGAAAUUGUGAAUUGAGAAUCAUAUUCGCCUACCGCACUGUGUCUGGUUGGUGGCUGCUUACUGUGCUCUCUAGAGUUAUGAAACAGACUACCCAUGAACUUUACCCUUAAGAGUCCACAACUUUGCGAAAAACCAAAUAUAGGCAAUCAAAGGUGGUGGAUGUGUGAUGAUUUUUUAUGGCUUAAUUGUUUGUGAAUUAGAUAUCUGAUCUUUGUAUGAUUAGAGGGGAUGUUUGCUUAAUAGAAUAAUCCAUUUUAAUUCAUGUUUAUUUUUAACAUGAACUUUAGUAACUCAAAACCUUUGAGACACAUAUCACCUACUGCAUUGUAUCAUUUUGCCUGGGUGCUUGCUGUGUUGUCAAACUUCUUUGCUGCUGAUGCAUUUACACUAUCAGGGGAGUUAAGAACCCAUGAAUGUUUCCGUUUGACACAAACAAGAGGACUUACUUCUAAAUCGUGCACUAAAGAUCAUUGGAGGAAACAUCUCUGUUGCAGUUGAUACACUGGAGACCAUAACAAAAGCAACGUAUAACAUCAAAACCAACCAUCUGAACUAUUAGCAUUGUUGCUUUACUCUUUUUUCGUGGUUGAGUCUCCUUCAAAAAAUUUAGUUUGAUUUUAGAAAAUUUUGCUUCUGCAAUCCUGUCUUGCCACCAACACGUUCAGUAGAUGGAGAUGGCAGAGGCGAAGGCUAUUUUGUGUUGUUGUUGCUGGUUUAGGGAUCGGUUUGUGAAGAAGAGGGAGAAGAGAGGGGGAAAGGGAAAUGCAUGAGAGGGGGAUAACUCUUUUCUCUGACAAAAAUGGAGUGAAGAAAGGAAUUAUGAUCAGUAAGGAUAUGGUUAUCUUACAUAACUGUGUCUAUUCUGUUUGAAUUGAGCUUGGGAGGUAGUGAUAAGGACGAGCUGCAACCAAUUCAUAGUGAUAAGAGUGCUAUGAACUGUGAUCAUGUCUUAUUUCAAGUUAGAAGGUAGUUUCAGUAUAAGGAUUAUUUAAUUUGACAAGUUGUUUCGUCCAUGAUUCUUGGUAGUUUCAGUGCCAUUCUAGCCAUUGUUUAGUCUGUAAUUUUUGAGAAUUGAUGUGCGAGUAAUGACUUUCACUUAGCUUCAACUAUUAUGUGUGUAUUUAUUGGCAUGUGAUAGAAUUCUCUUUUCCUUUUCUUUGAAUUCAGUUUCAUACUCUAAUUGUAUCAUUUGUACAUAGGCAAAUCAUGCUCGAGAUGACAACUCGCUGAUAUGGCUGGUGCAAUGAAUGAAGCCAUCAUUAAAAUUCAGACCGACAACGGGGAGGGAUACCCAGGACUAAUUCAAUGAUGAUUGAUGAUGGUAUGAUAAAAACUGCAGUCUGCAUCAGCACCAAUUUCUAGGCCUAAGUAAAGUUAUUCAACCCAGAACUCUGCUUAGCGCUAAAAAUUGCCCUCACCCAACCUUUAUCCUGUUUGACCCACUUCUGAAGAGUCAAGAUAUAUUACUAAUUCUCUCCGUUCGUAUUUUCUUAUUGGCUCUUUCUGACCCUUUAGGUUGGGGCGGGUCGGGAAGAAUCGGAUUAGUGGGCCGGUCCUAAUCAAGUGGAAUCCCAAUCCCUUCACUCUCACUUGCUUUCUCUCCCAUUCCACAAGUGGGUAACAUACAGUAAUCCGGCCAACGGGCCGGGUAAUAAGCUAGUUGGAAUAAAAGAGGGGUUAGGGAUUUCUCUAUAUAUUUGAUUUUAGCGCCAAGCUUUUCUCUAUAUAAACCUUCCUCUCCCUUCCUUCAAUCCAUCUGUUUUGCCUCUCGCCAAUGGCGCUACUCAGAAAACGACCUCGGAGCUGUUCAGAAGUUAACCCUUCCAGUUCCAUGAUCAGCUCACUCGGAGACGAUCUCCUCACAGAGAUUCUGAUUCGCCUCCCCAACUACAGAUUCGCCUUCUGGUGCAAACCCGUCUGCAAGCGCUGGAGGUCCCUGAUCUCAAGUCCCAGCUUCAGCUGCCGCUUCAUUUCUCAUCACCGGAGCAUGGACAAACUGCCGGCUCUGCUUCUUCACACGGACGACGCUAGCGACCCGCAAUCGGCAAUCAUGAGGACGUACUUGGUCUGCAAUCCGUUUACCAAGCAGUGGAUGGCCCUUCCUCUAGCGCCUGAGAAGCCGAUGGGUUAUGAAGCGCCGGUUACAAGGUUAGUUUGUGAACCCCUUAGUGAUAGUAAUAGUAAUGGAGUCGACCAAGGUUUCGCCUUCUCUUCCGAGUGCCGGUUUCGGGUGGUGUGUAUAUAUCAACAUCAGGAUUGCAUUAAACUAGAUGUGUAUUGUUCCGAGUCUGGAAAAUGGACCAAGGAGCCUCUUGUUUUCCGUGGUUAUCGCAAGCUCCGUCACAAAAAUGUAUGUUCGUGCAAUGGGGAGUUGUUUUGGUUGUAUGGUAGAGCCCGCGGGGAGGAGGGGAAGAUAGGUAAAGAUCAGGAUGCUGAGUUGAAUCCAAUGCUUGCUGUGUUGAACAUUUUCCGCCUCGAUAUACCUGCCACUUGUAUCGAUACUUCUGAUUUCGCUGAGAAUCCACGGUGGGAUAUCUCGGUCUCGGAAGAUGCUUUGCACGUAAUUGAAUUGGACGAGGGAAAUAGUCUAUCUUGUUUAAGUGUUUGGAAACUGGGAAAGGACCGACUAUCUUGGAGGAGACAAUGUGAAAGGUUGUUGCUGGAUAUAUCAUGGUGUGAAUAUAACCCUGCAUACUGUAAAAUCCUUGAUCUGCAUCCAGAGAGGCCGCAUAUUGUCUAUUUCCGGUAUAUCCCUGCUUCUGGCCCUGAUGGUAUAUUGUGCUGCGACUUGAGUAGUGGGAAGCUAGAGUUCUUUACUGAGCUAAGACAACUUGUACCUCGUUGGUCAUUUUUCAAGCCUAGGGUCUCUUGCUGGCCUACUCCGAUUCCAAGGUAUGAGGAAUUGCGAGGAAUGUAUGAUGGAAGCUGCCGCUGGUUCAGAGCAGCAAACAGCAACCCGCUCAGUACUGAUUUAGAGCAGCAAGCAAUAAAUGCACUCGCUACUGUUGACGUUAUUCGUGCUGCGACGGAAACUCUGAAGAACGAUUGGAUGGAUAAAUUGUUGGCGCUCCCACGCCCCGGAGAGAAGCUACAUGAAUUGCAUGACUGGUUACGCAUACUCAGGAAUGAGCUGUGCGAGUUGGAUUCUCAGAGAGAAGCGAUUCUUUCCCUCUAAAGAUGAGCAGAGGAGCAUUACUGUAAUGCAUCUGCAAUUGAGUAUAUGCAUGAAAAAAGAAGGGGCAUUGAAAGUUGCUCAUUCACUAGUCGAGGAAAGGCUGGCUUGGCUUGUACAUCUUGAACACCUUGUCCAGUUCGUCUUUCACUGACGUCGCAGCUCAGCCUUCGACGUUUUAUGCCAUCAUUGAUGGAUCGGAAAUAAAUAACAACGGACGGUUCUGAUUUGUGCAAAUACAUUUAACGGUCGUAUCACUAGAAAGUACGAGCAUUUCAGGAGUACGGCUGCCUUUACUAUGCAUACUUGGUGUGGUAUGUUUAUAAAGUGUGCCUUGUAAACUUGUAAGGGGUUAUAAAAUAAAACUCCUGUAGUAGUCAGCCACAUCAUCAAUACGAAAAAGUAAAAGAAUAAUCUAUGUUUAUUGUG